UUUAUUUUUUUUUUACCGUUGGGGUCACGUGUCAGGAGCGGACAGCUGAUCCCCCGGCAGCUGAGCUUUAAUUUCGGCGACACUGGUGGCGCCUGGCGCUUCACAGAACAACCCGAGCCCGUCACCUCAGGUGUUAAAUCAGAAAGUGAAAGCAUUUCAAGCCAAAACGUCCUGACAUGGCUCCAACACUGUAUGAUGAGAAACCAGAGCCAGGAGACCUGAUAGAAAUCUACCGUGGCUCAUACCAGCACUGGGCUGUCUAUGUUGGCGAGGGCUUUGUCGUUCACUUGGCACCACCUUCGGAAGUUCCUGCUGCAGGCUCCAGCAGCAUAAUGUCCGUCCUGGCAGAGAAGGCCAUCGUCAAGAAGGAGGAGCUCUGGGACGUGGUGGGAACAGACAAGUGGCUGAUACACAACAGUCUGGAUGAAAAGUACAAGCCUCGCCCGCCUCCUGUUAUUGUUCGUGAGGCCUGUGCUAUGGUUGGUCAGGAGCUGCCGUACUGCAUCUUCAGGGGAAACUGCGAACACUUCGUCAACGAGCUGCGCUACGGGAAGGCAGAAUCCCGGCAGGUGCAGAAGGCAGGUGAAGUUGCAGUGAUGGCUGGUGCGGCUGCAUUCGUGGGUCUUGGUGUUUUCGCUCUGGCCGGCGCUCUGUUUGGAGGCAGCAGAAAGGAAAAGAAGGAGACCCAGUGACUGAAACCACAGCGGUGCGUUCAUGAGCUUUAAAUAACUCAUCACCAGCGAAGCCUAAGGGCCACUUGCCAUUACUGAUCACAGAUAACACUGCCUAACUUAUCUGGUAUUAAAUGGAACUGGCUGAC